AUGGGUUCUCGAUGGUGGCUGCAUGUCCAGGCCUCCGUCUGGCGGUUCCUGAUGCGCAUUGGAAUGUUCCUGCAUGACCUCACUCCUCCGCGUUGUCCGAGCCCAUCCUUCACCCGUACCGUCCCAUCCGACGCCCACGGCAAUUCGGCCGUCAUUCAUUUCUACCUCCCUCCCGAUUAUCACGCACAGAAACGCCUAGGCCAUCGUUAUCCCGUCCUCGUCAACUUCCACGGCGGUGGGUUUACCCUCGGCUGUGCCACCGACGAUUCCCGAUGGUCCACCAUGGUUGUCAGCGAGGUCAACGCCGUCGUCGCUAGUGUCAGCUAUCGUCGGGCCCCUGAGAAUCCCUUCCCCGCUGCCGUUGACGACGGAGUGGAUGCACUCUUGUAUUUGGCAGCCAAUGCCGGUGACUUGGGCCUAGAUGUCAGCCGGGUGGCCUUGAGCGGCUUCUCGGCUGGGGGCAACCUAGCCGUCACCGUUCCAUUACGCCUGUAUAGUCGACUAUCCUCCGAGAUCAAGGAGCACUUUGGCCGGGCGGAGUCGACUCAGCGUUUGGUAGACCAGACCAACGAGCUCAACAUCGUUGGCAUCUUCGCUUGGUACCCCAUUCUGGACUUUCUGGAGUCUCGCGACCACCGCCGAGCUAUGAGUCUGAUGCCCGAUAAGACUCUACCGGCCUUUUUCACCACCCUCUUCGAUGAAUCCUACCUCCCAAAUCUUGACGAUCGCUCGUCCGCCUUUGCCUCGCCGGUGCGUGCCACCGAUCGCAUGCUGGCCACUCUACCCCAUGAUGUGUUUUUGUAUAUCUGCGAGUGGGACAUGCUUAUGAAAGAAGGUCAAACCUUCGUGCGUCGUCUCGAGGGACUGGGCAAGCGUGUUCGGGCCAUGAUGAUUGAGAAGGCCUGCCACGCCUGGGACAAAUCGGCGAAUCCUUUCCGCGACCAGGAUAGCGUUGAUGUGCUGUACCGUGAUUCUUGUGCGGAGAUGAAGGCGAUCUUCGACCGGUGA